AUGACCGAGAUUCCUUCGUUGCCAUUGCUGCCUAUCCUUUGCGGGCUAACAGGUAUCUGUUUGGUGGCGUUGUAUAAAGCAAUCUCACACCCAUUGUUCCGCAUACCAGGACCAUUCCUAGCUAGGUUUACGAGGCUAUGGCUUUUACGGGAGGCAGUCAUUAGCCGAUUCCCCUUCACAAAUGUUAAGCUUCAUAAAAAGUACGGCCCUAUAGUACGCAUAGCUCCCAACGAAUACAGCAUUGAUGACCCCGCGUCAGCAAAGAUUAUCUAUGGCAGCGGCAAAGGCUUCAUAAAGUCGCCAUGGUACGAAGCAAGUGGCAGUCCUUUGAGCCUAGUUCCUGGUCUUUUCUCCGAGCGAGAUCCCACUCUUCACGCUGGGAUCCGACGAAAAGUUGCGUCAGGGUAUAGCAUGACGAGUUUGGUGCAAAUGGAGACAUUUGUUGACGAUUGCUCCGUCAUUCUUCACCAGAGAUUCUCAGAGUUCGCGGACUCGGGCACCACGAUAGACCUGUGUCGCUGGAUGCAAUGUUAUGCGUUUGACGUAAUCGGAAAUAUCACUGUAGGAGAGAGAUUCGGCUUUUUGGACCAAGGCGAAGACCUACAGUCGGUCAUGGCUUCCAUCGACGAAUUUACGAAGUAUGCAGUGCGGGUUGGGAUAUAUGCACAAUGGCACAAAAUAAUAUUUCCUCUCUACAUGCGAUUUAAGAAGUUACCGGGACUGAUCAACGUCCGUAUGUUCGCGCAUUCAAAAUUGGAAAAUCGAUACGCCAAACUAUUGUCAGACGAUUUCAAGUCCGAUGAAUCAGGGCCUGCCGACUUUGUCACCAAACUCACUCGUAUUCAAUCUACGGAUCCCAGCAAGAUUAGCAAAGCUGAGAUAGCUUCAGCUUGCACGACCAACAUUGGCGCCGGUUCUGAUACAACUUCGAUAUCUCUGUCGGCCGUUUUUUUCUUCCUAUAUACAUAUCCAGAUACCCUUGCCCGCUUGAGGAGUGAGAUAAACGAAAACAUUGAUCAAGGUCUGCUAUCUGACCCCGUCAAAUACGGAGAAUCUACUCGGAUGCCAUAUCUCCAGGCAGUCAUCAAGGAAGCUCUUCGCAUACAUCCGGCAACAGGCUUGAUACUUGGUCGUGUGGUGCCCAAAGGUGGCCAGAAUUUGGCAGGGCAGUACUUUCCGGAAGGGACCAUUGUAGGAAUCAACAGUUGGGUGGCACACCACAACACGGACAUUUUCGGUUCCGAUGUUGAUGUCUUCCGACCUGAACGUUGGCUGGAAGAGCCUGAAAUUGUCAGAAAGCGGGAUAGUUAUUCCAUGACGUUCGGAAUGGGCUCAAGAAUGUGUAUUGGUAAGAAUAUCAGUCUGAUGGAGAUGUCCAAAGCUAUCCCACAGAUUCUGCGAAACUUUGAAUUGGUUCCAGAGAAUGGAACGCCAUCGUGGGAACUUGACAAUGUCUGGUUUGCUUAA